ACAGCCGGGGAGCGGCAACCGAGCGUCAGUGCGUGAUGGAGGCAAGGUGAGGGAGGCGGCACACGGCGGGGCUCGGCGAGGGGCGAUUAUCUUCGUGGAGGAGUGUCCUGCGGGGCUUCUGGGUGCCAAAGUAGGGCGAGGCGUGGGGGGGGCAGCGGCGGGUAGUCAGGUGGUGGUGAGGUGAUGGUGUGGCCGCGUGGCUGGGGCUGUUGUAGUGCUGAUCAUGUCUCCUGUGGCGCGCGAGUGUUCCUGAACCAAGAGUCCAAGGCGUGUUUGUGGCCUGGACGAAGGAUAGGCUGGACGAGGCCCUCACGGAUUCCUACCAGUGAUCAGAACGAGGGAGAGGAGCGAAGGGAGCAGGAGGAGCAGGAGGAGGAGGAAGAGCAAGCCUUUGGUGGGGGAGCAGGAGCUAAGAUUCAGCGUUCAAAGAUUAUUCGUCCUAUUCGGUUCCUGCCCCGGUGUCUCCGUGGUCGCCGGGGUUCGUCGUCCGCCUCGUCGUCUCCUGACCGCGGCAGCGUUGAGGCGCCACAAAACUUCCUGAAGACCAUUUUUGCUCACUUCAGGAAGCCUCGUCAGCCUCCCCCGCGGGUCCUCACACCCCCGGCCAUCUUUGUCUCGAGCCCGGAGGAGACGGAGGCGGUGGUGGCCAUGGACGCCCACGCCCGCCGCCACCGCUCCCGCCGCGCCUCCGAGCUGUACAACGUGGAGUCGGAGGACGACCUGGAUUUCUUGCCGGAGGAGCCUUACCCCGGAAUGUACAAGGACAGGUUCUUCGGCGGGACGUUUGAGGAAGGCUGGACCACCGUCGGCGAGGCUACGAUUGAUAUGGAUCGCCGCUCUCCCGAACCCCGCAAGGAUCGUUCCCAUGAUCCCCCCACGAGGCGCUCCCCUGACCCUCCCACGGAACGGUCCUAUGACCCCCGCACUGGGUACUCCUCUGACCCUCGCUUGGACCGUUCCCCCGGCCCCCGCACGAACCGUUCCCCUGACCCUCGCACGGAACGCUCCUAUGACCCCAACACGAGGCGCUCCUCUGAACCCCGUAUGGAGCGAUCCUUUGACCACUGCACGAGGGCCGCCUCUGACCCCCGCAUGGAACGCUCCCUUGACCAUUGCACGGAACGCUCUUCCAACGGCAGAUCUCAGGCCACCAAGUCUCCCACAGACAAACCCAAGGUGAAAUCUUCCUCCCACAAGUCCCCCAUCAGCAAGUCCCCAGCCAGCAGGUCCACCGCCCAGACACACCCCUCUAACACGUACUCCGCCCGCACCUCUCCUGAAAACAUAUCCAGCACCACCAAGACUCCUCCCAACCAGUCCCCAAACAAGCAACAAUUCAGUAGUCCCCUCAAGGGAAGGGCGUCUCCCGUGUCUGAUUCACCAAAUAUUUAUGUCGAGGAGCCCCUCCAUGACACCCCAAGGUCACCUAAGAAGACAAACACGUCAUGGCGAUCACCCUUUUCCUCCCCGAAGAAAGCCCACAACAACAAGCUGGCCCAAGCGAUGGUGGAGUCCUCGCCUAAAAUGUCACCGAAAAAUUCUCCGAAGACCUCUCCCAAGAACGCCAAGGGCAUAGCGGGAUCUAACUCUCCUGUGGCCCCGCGGCGAGUGCUCCCCGAGAUCCUGGAGUCUUCGGUUCAGCAGUACCGGCCCGUCUAUCACACGCCGCCCCUAGGCAACAGCAACCUGGUGCCGAAGCCUUACAGCUCCAAGUACUCCACCACUACGCCUCCGUUCAGGGGCCCGGUUGCCUCCCCGCGCACCGUCCUGGCCAAGGCUGAGGCCGCGCCGUGUGUUGCUGAGGGCCACGAGGACAAAGUGGAGUCAGUUUCCCCCAAGAUACCCAAAGACACGAAGGGCAAAGUUAAGAAGUCCGUGCGAAGUGAUGCAGAUCAGCCGGCGAGCACUGACAGAACUUUCCCAGCCACCUCCACCCGCUCUACCACCCCCACCGAGCCCAUCAACCCCAAGAAAUCUACCGAGAAAUGGUCGCCCGACUGGAGGACCAACAGAGUAAGGAAUCCUACCCGCUCCAAGACUCCGUCACCUAUUGCCAGUCCCUCCCGCAGCUCCCCCAGCAGCCCCAUCCCUAGCCCUCCCACCGUUCCUGAUGCCAGCCUUGCACUGACCCCACCCAGCAGCCCUCCCUCUAGUCCCGAAGCCGAUGAUUUGUCAUCCGGCAAUUCUGACCUUGACCCUGAAGAGUUUUUAGCGCUCAGCACGCUGGACUCCGCACUGUUGGAGACUCAGCAGUCGCCUUCGCUGUACAACUGCCCCAACGAGCCUUUCAAUUCUUAUGGAGAGCUGCAAACCAUGACGCAGGAGUCGCCACCUCGUUCGCCCUCCCCCGCCCCUCACGCAGCUUCGCUAAGCCGCCCCUCCAGCCGAACCAAGACCUCGGAGUACUCAGGCGACAUUGACUCGAGUGGCAGCCGCCGCACCAGCGAGUGUCUGGACACUACCCUGAGCAGGGACUCGCUCAACAACUGCGAUGAAAUAAAGAGCUUACGGAGCUUCGUGGCUCAGGAGGAGCUUCCCUCGCCCUCUUCCCCGCGUAACCUUGGAGGCCAGCGUGAAGAGAGUGUCGAGUUUAUGUUCGAGGAAGUGAAAGAUUCUCCAGUACGCGGGCAGCGGGAGUCUGCCAAGGUCUCGGGGGGAGACACAGUGGCCGCAGGGGAAAAGAAGGCGAACAGACUUUCUCCAAACUUCGGGAAAUUCACGCAGAAGGUGUCUGACAAAAAUAAAGAGAACGAAGACAAAAGCAAGACCAGCUCCUUCCUGCCGCUCAACAUCCUUCACUUUGGAUCCAAGGACAAGAAGGCCAAAGCCAAGACCUCUGAGACAGACUCUCCAAAAUCUGAGGGCUGGACCUCCGAGGCCAUAGAAAACUACCUCCUUCAAAGCAGCCGGGAAGAGAGCGUCAAACUGGGCCUGCUAACGGAGGAGGACAUCGUCUACCACGAGGCCGCGGCAGCAGGGAGCCAGAGGCCGGCACCUCGCCCGCCCCCGGAAGUGACAAUCAGCGAUGACCUCCAUGCCCCGGCGGCCCUGAGCAGGCGCAGGGCCGCCCCCGACCCGCCCCGGAACAAGUCACCCUCGUGGAGGCCUGAGGACAUCGAGAACUACUUGCUGCAGCACAACAUGGACGAGAACCUCCGUCUGGGGCUGCUGUCCAAGGAAGACAUCGAGAUAUACGAGUGGAAGCGAGCCACGGGCAUGUCCCCGAUCUGCGACACCUCGUGGACACGCGAGACGCUGCGCAAGAACAAGGUGGUAUACUCCAGCGACUCCUCCGUCUCGGGCUCCACGCCGGCCUCCCCAGACCCCAGCUUUUCCCCCCCGAGGCGCGGUUCCCCCAGCCUCAUGCCGCCCCCGUCCCGCCGCCGCGCACCCAAGGAACCUCAGCAGCCUGUCGAGAAGGCCGUCGAUGUCCCAAGCCAGCCCCUGACUGUCCCUCGACGCCGCGUGCGGGCGCCCGCCCCUCCUAUUGGCACGCCCCCAACGCAUGACUCGGCCCUGUCUUCCGGGGCUUCCGCGUCGGAGACCAGCAAGGCCGCCGGACACUUCGCCUUCCGAGGCUUCAAGUUGGGUCAGCGUGUCGGCAGCGGGAAGUCCUCCGCCCCGCAGCCUCCAGCAGGGGCCGGCCUUAAGCAUGAGGCCGCGAAGCCACCUGCCGAGGCCACCAACACGGAGGACGUAAGGGCGGGGGGCGUGCGGGCCCUGUUCACCAAGCCCAAACUCAUAAGCCCCUCGACACCCAAGGCGGCGGCGCCCACCCCUGGGGUCAUCACGCCCAGGCCAGCCACCUCACAGGCCAUGUAUCAGGGGCCAGUGAAGCCCGAGGUCAGCAAGGGGCGAGGGCCGUGCCCGGGGGUCAGCAAGCCGCUCAGCAGGCCAAGGCGGCUGCCGCUGGAGAAGAUCGGGGUGAAGCUGCCCGGGAUGACAGGCCCCGCCACGCCGCCCACGCCGCCGCCCGAGGAGGAUAUAGAGACUGUCUCCGUGGCGAGCGUGUCCCCCGACGGUACGCCCAACCAGAAGCGCAAAGGGAAGACAGGGGACCGCGCCCCCCGCAAAAAGACUCCCUACGGCAUGCUGGCGCGCUUCCUGCGAAAAGACCCCACCCCCUCGCCCACAGCCCCCGCCGAGGUCCCCGUCCACGCCCUCUUCAUGCGCGAGUCUCCCCGUGGACCGGUGAGUACAGAACCGUUUUCUCUGCUUCGGCCUCGUUUUCUCUCUCCCGUUUAUUUUGGGGAACCAAACCUAAGUGUUGACGUGCACGUUAAACCCAAGAGUCCAAGAUUGUCCAAUUUAGUAUGCGAAAGAUUAAGUUCUGCGUGA